AACUCCUAAGACCCAAGAAGGAACUCCCGAAGAACCUACGAAAGAACCCCGAAAGAACUCCCGAAGAACCUAUGAAGAAAGAACUCCCGAAAAAGACUCCCUAAGACCCUACGAAAGAACUCCCGAAGAACCUACGAAAGAACUCCCGCAGAACCCACGAAAGAACUCUCGUAGAACCCCGAAAGAACUCCUUAAGACCCACGAGAGAACUCCCGAAGAACCUUCGAAAAAACUCCCGAAGAACCUACGAAAGAAUCCACGAAAGAACUCCCGAAGAAACUACGAAAGAACUCCCGAAGAAACUACGAAAGAACUCCCUAAGACCCACGAAAAACUCCCGAAAAACCUGCGAAAGAACCAAAGAACCCGAAGAACCUACGAAAGAACUCCCGAAGAACCCACGAAAGAACUUACGAAAGAACUUACGAAGAACUUACGAAAGAACUCUCGAAGAACCAAAAAAAAACUCCUGAAGGACCUAUGA